CUAGACACGUUAUCACGCACUGACUACAUAGAAACCAGAGAGAGUCAUUUUCAAAGAGGAACUGAACCAAGACUACCAAAUCAUUCCCCAGGCAACACCAAGGAUUUAUUGUAUGGUGACAAUGACUCUAGCAAGGCUGCAAGAGCCGAGCCCUGCCUCCGGAUCUCCUUGUUUGCCACGCAAAGGCAGAGCGGAUCCCUUCCUCCUUUUGCAGGAAAAGGAGCCGCAGCCGCCGACAGCCCCGGGUUCCCCGGGCGGGGCGGGGCCGCCUGUCCCGGGCGGAGCGCUCCGCCGCCCGCCCCCGCCGCCAUGGCCGCGCCGCCGCUGUCCGCUGCCCGCCGCUGCCCACCGCUUGCCAACGUCGAGCCGCUCCUGUUCCUGGCCACCCUGUCCCUCGGCCUGCAGGGCCCGCUCGCCACACAGUACCUGUGGGACCGGCUGGGGACCGAGCGCGGCUACAGCCCCAACGCCACCAGCCCCUCCGGCUGCGGCAAUGGCAGCGCUGAUGAUGACCCUCUGCGGCAGGAGGUGGAAGUGCUGGUCUCCCACUGGAACCUCUAUAUCAACCUAGGAGGCUUCUUCGUUGGUCUCUUCUCCGUGACUCUCUUCGGACCAUGGAGCGACAGCGUGGGCCGCCGUCCUGCACUCAUCCUGCCAGCAGUGGGGAUGGCUGUGCAAGCGGCUGUCUAUCUUCUCGUCAUGUAUCUGCAGCUGCAUGUUGCUUACUUUCUCCUUGGGCGCAUUUUGAGUGGCCUCAUGGGAGACUACAACCUGAUCCUGGCCAGCUGCUUCGCCUACGUGGCCGACACCAGCGACAAACGCGCACGUACAUUCCGCGUGGCUGUCCUCGAGGCGUGCCUCGGCAUUGCGGGCAUGCUGGCCAGCAUUGGUGGUGGCCAGUGGCGCAAGGCUCAGGGGUACAUCAACCCCUUUUGGCUCGUGCUUGCUGCCAGUCUCGCUGCCGCUCUCUAUGCGGCUUUCUGUCUUCAGGAAUCGGUGAAGCAGCAGAAACCAGCCAAGCUGUUCACGCUCAGUCAUUACAAAGCUGUCUGCAGGCUGUACACAGCCUCAGAACACCGGAGCCUCAGGCGGCAGCUUGCUCUUUACUCCCUGGCUUUCUUUCUUCUUGUGACGGUACAUUUUGGAACCAAGGACCUCUUUGUUCUGUACGAGCUCGGCUCCCCUCUCUGCUGGGCUGCUGACCUCAUUGGGUAUGGCUCAGCCGCCAGUUACCUGACUUACCUGAGCAGCCUGGGAGGGCUGCGCUUGUUGCAGCUCUGCCUCGAAGACACCUGGGUGGCAGAGAUAGGAUUAUUCUCCAAUAUUUCGGGACUGGUGGUGAUUUCUCUUGCCACUACAACACCAUUGAUGUUUACAGGUUAUGGGCUUCUGUUCCUUUCCAUGGCAGCCACUCCAGUCAUCAGAGCCAGGCUCUCCAAGCUGGUCAGCGAGACUGAGCAGGGUGCUCUCUUUGCGUCUGUUGCCUGUUUGGAAGCGCUGUGUUCGCUUGUGGCUGCAGGAGUGUUCAACUCCCUCUACCCUGCAACCUUGCACUUCAUGAGGGGAUUCCCGUUUCUCUUCGGGGCUAUAAUUCUUCUCAUUCCAGCAGCUGUUAUUGGGUGGAUAGAAAUCUGGGACUCAAACCACGACUACAGUCACUUCUCAGAUGCUUCCCUGACUCCUGCAGACGGCUGAGCAGCAACUUAGCAACAAGGAACUGGCCAGCUUGGCAGCGUCCAUCUGCAGACUGCUCUUUAUUCUUCUCUUGAAGGACAGACUAGUGUGGGAGGGACACCCUGCUUGUCCUUACUAAUUUUUAAAUGCCAAAUAGUUGGAAAUCAUGGCUCUGACUACCCACAGGAACUUGAUUUGCAGAUGUAAAUGCCUCCUCGCUAUUGUGUUGGCUCACCUGUCAGAGAAAACCCAAGAGAUCCAAAACCCAAUCAAGAGUAAAAGCUGUUGUUGGCCAUUUGCAAGGCCAGUUAGUGGUUUGGGGUUUGGCAGGGAGGGAAGAUUCUGUGGCAUGUUUUAAUGGUGAGAGAGGACUGAAUUCUGGUUUAAUUACAAAACAGUAUUCCACUCUCAGUAGUACAGGGUGCAGCAGAUGAGUUGCUGGUGUGAGUGAGGCCCAGACCAAAAUCUGCAGGGCAAGUCUGAAGCAGAGGCAGUCCAACAGCGUGCUGCUGAGGAGGGUCUGCACUCCACAUCAGUGUAUUAUCAAUAAAAGUCACACAAACCUUGCGUGCUAGAAUAGGCUCCUUCAGAAAUCCUUGUGAUGAGCAGCAGUUUAGCGCAGGGAUGCUAUUCCUGUCCUUACUGAGCUGGCUUCAGCUUCGCAAGUCAGAGGUGUCCUGGGGAGAGAAUCUAACGCCUGAAGUGCUUGCAGAGAGGAGCACAGCAGCACGUCCUGCCUGUCGCUCUGCAGCUCAGCCCAGGAUUUCGAAGGUCCUUUUGAGAAGUGGUAACUUGUGGGAAAAUAUUAAGGUGCCAAGUAGGUUCCUGAAUUGACAGUUGCCAAAACUGAUGAAGUUAAGGCUAAAAUUGACAAAAUCGCUCCUCCCUAACUGAAGACCAUUAUGUGAUAAAUGUGAGGCCCCAAGUGUCAUGUGGAAUCACUGCUGUGCUUUUGGCAGAGCCAGAAGCCAUCCUUCCUCAUCGAUACACAGCGCUGUCAGGGCAGGCUGCUGUGGGGACAGGACUAGUAUCUGCAGAGAAAAUUGUUUUGUUGUAUUGAUACAGGGAAUUAGCUAAUUAAUACUUAAAGAACUAACUCAGUACGGGACAUAAUUUUGUGUCAGUGACCGCACUUUUGCCACCCUUCUUGGGAUAUGUUGAUGCUACCAAGCAAACCCAUGUUCACGGUGUUCAUAUUUGUUCUUUCCAAAACAUUAACUGUAUUGCCUCAAUCCUGUGUUCUUCAAAGUGUCAUAAACCAGCAGUUCUGUGUACGUUGCGUUGUACCUGCUGUUCAGAUGCAUGCAAUAAUGGCCUUAACUGUGAAAUUGCUUAGCAGACAUGUUACUUUCAGAAUGCAUAAACCCUCCAUUCUCUUUUAUGGUUCAUAAAAAGAUAGCUUUUCUCA